AUGUCAUAUUUGAAAGACUGUGGGGAAGAUUGGGCGUACUCUAAACGCUUGACGGACCCCCAUUGCUUUCCAUCCUUCGCGGUCCACAAACUGGGCCUCGGUCUCCCUCACGUCGCGUCUAGGAUUCGAUCCCAGCGGCUGCAGCUCCUUCAGCGCGCCAUGACCCAGUCGACUGCUGACCGUCCCCUGUGGCAACCACUGGUUCUCCGGCAGUUUGAGCGGAGCAUGGGCCAGCUCUACCGUGCAUCCAACCCAUACGACUUCCUGCUGUACCACCCGCAUCCCAGCUCGAAGUGGCUCAUGCUGUGGGAAGUCCAUCCACUGUGGAUUGACGUGUGGAGCCAAUGGUCAGCUACACCAAUCAACCUUCGUAUGCAGCUCCCUCUCACUCCCGCUACCACAAUGCAUCUGCCUGUGUGGCUCACUACCUACGAGCCCACCAUGGCGAAUGGAAUGUGUGCAGCUAGUACAUACGACGAGGGAUUUUAA